AUGGCUGUAGGUAACAUGCAAACGGUGAAGGCUUGUGGGAUAUAUUCGACAGUGGGGCAUCCAACUAAUAUGUGCCCAACUCUUCAAGAGGAGCCUGUCGAACAAGUAAAUGCGGCAGGUGGUUUUCCAGGGCAACCGCAAAGGGAACAUGAUCCCUAUUCAAACACAUAUAACCCAGGAUGGAGGGAUCACCCCAAUCUCAACUAUGGGAAUCCACAAAACCGCCAAACUUUCCAGCCAUAUCAGCCGCAUCCCCCUAGACAACAGCCAGCCCAAACAUCCAAUUUAGGUGUGUCUUUAGAGGAUAUUGUUAAAUCUCUUGCCACUAACACCUUGCAAUUUCAACAGGAGACAAAACAAUUUCAUCAAGAGGUGAGGGCCAGUAUCCAACGUCUGGAUAAUCAGAUGGUUCAGAUGGCGAUGACAAUUAGUCGGUUAGAGGCACAAUGUUCAGGGAAAUUACCCUCUCAAACGGUUGUGAAUACGAAAGAAAAUGUAAGUGCCAUCGUUUUGAGAAGUGGUAAAGAGUUUGAGACUCCAGCAAGAGCAGCCCCCGCAGUGUCGAAUCAAGAAAAGGAGAAAGACAUCGUUCCCGAUGAUGAUGAAGUACCUAAGCGUAAGUUUCCUCCCCUUUCUGAUUAUAAACCGGUACCUCCUUUUCCUAAUGCUUUAGUAGGAACGAGGAAAGAUGAGCAGUUCAAAGAAUUUUAUGAAACUUUUCGUAGAUGCGAGGCAAAUACCCCCCUUUUUAAUGCUCUUAAACAAUUACCUCAUUAUGCUAAAUUCCUAAAAGAGUUGUGUAUACAUAAGAGGAAACAAAAACUAAAAGGACGCGAAAAGGUGAGAGUAGGGGAGAAUGUUUCUGCAAUCAUUAAAAAACUCCCUACAAAGUGCGAAGAUCCAGGUAUGUUUACUAUCCCCUGCAUGAUAGGUAACACUAGAAUUGAGAAGGCCAUGUUAAACUUAGGAGCUUCUAUUAAUGUCAUUCCAUAUUCUAUAUAUGCUUCUUUGAAACUUGGACCUUUGAAUAAGACUGGUGUAGUGAUUCAAUUGGCUGAUAGAUCGAAUGCCUAUCCUAAGGGUGUAGUUGUGGAUGUUCUUGUGAAAUUGUUAAGUUUAAUAUUUAUGAUGCCAUGA